CACAGGACCAGACGGCUGAGUCGAUUUGCACAUUGCGAGCGGGCCAUAAUGGUCGACCCUCUGCGUGACCUGCCGAGUGUAGACGCUGCGCUGCGCCGACAAGUCGACCCCAGCGUGCUUGCGGUGCUUCCGGACGUUGAAGAGGUCCUUCGCGUGGAAAAGGGAUACAAGUCGGCCUGGGCUCAGGCGUGGCGCCUCGAUGUGCGCCACAAGGAUGGCAAGACAGAGAGUUAUUUCAUGAAGGUCUCCUACGGUCAUCACGGACGCGAGGCGCUGAAGGGAGAGUUCGAGUCCACUGCCGCCAUCCAUUCCAUCGUGCCCAACUUUUGUCCCGACCCCAUUGCCUGGGGUACUUUGACCAACGAGCCAGAUGCUCACUUUUAUCUGUGCAAGUACUACGACUUCUUCGAGGGGGUCCCGAAUCCCACGUCGUUCUGUAAGAAGCUUGCCGAGCUGCAUUCAUGUCACUUGUCGCCCGAGGGGAAGUUUGGCUUCCAUUGCACAACGUACAACGGGGACCUACCUCAGGACAACACCUGGUCAGACACCUGGGAGGACUUUUUCAGCAAAGGUCUCCGUCAUGUGCUGAAGAUCCGCGAAGAGCGGGCUGGACCGAGCGCUGAGUUGGACGAGCUGCUCCCGGCCCUGUUCGAGAAGGUCAUCCCACGACUCCUGCGCCCGAUGGAAAGCAACGGACGGAGUAUCCGGCCGUCACUGGUCCAUGGUGACUUAUGGUGCGGAAACACUGGCAUCGUUGACGAAAACACCGAGGACGGCAUUGUUUACGACCCUGCGAGCUUCUGGGCGCACAAUGAAUAUGAGCUCGGCAACUGGCGGCCACAGCGAAAUCACUUCGACGCGAAGUAUUUCGAAGCAUAUCACUCUGUCAUGCCCCGAACGGACCCCGUGGAGGACUACGACGACCGCAAUGCCCUAUAUGCACUGCGAUUCAACUUCCACGCAGCCACUCUGUUCCCGAAUGACGAAUCGUACCUUCAGAUGGCGAUAGAGGAAAUCCGUCGUCUGACUGAAAAGUACCCUGAAGGAUAUAACGAAGGUCAAUUCAGUAUGGUGCGGUCUAAGAUCUAGCAGCCUUCGAUCUGGUCUUGGUCUUCGACCUGUUGGAUAUUCUCUUUGACGAGAGCAGACUCGAAAGGCAUGCUUGAAUGAGUCAUCUACGAAUCCAUUUAAGAGAUGUGACUGGAGUGGAACGUUGGGUACCCCAUUCCAGGUCUCAGGAUUCGUCACUUUUAUAGUCUUGAACCGACUGCAGCCGCUAACUGACUUGCCGGCCGUGACGUGGCUGUGCUUGAUACUGGCUGCAUUUGAAGUUCAAAUGCGAAAUCGAUGGUGCUAGUAUGAACGAGACCCGUUUCGAGAGAUUAUG